UGCCGUGUCCGUUCGUCCAAUCCAAUGUUACAGUUCCAUCCCAUUCCACUCCUCAUUGAAUGGAAAACACUUUUUCUGUUUCAAAUUUUCAACCUCAUUCAUUCAUUCAUUCAAUUUCUCAACCUUCAACUUCAAAUCUUUGGCUUCACAUUAACAACAACAACAUCAUCAUCAUCAUCAUGCUUAGAUCGCUCCCAAAGCUCUCAAUUAUCUUCUCUUCAACCAACAAUUCUCGUUUUCUUGUAAAUGCUACUCAGCGUUUUAUAUUUUCAUUCUCAACAACAACACCCGCUUCAAGAGUUAAAUUUGGAGUAACAGCCCGGGUUCCAAUUCGAUGCAUGUCAACCUCACCAAUUUCAUCACAGACUACAGCAGAAGAUCAAGUUCAACGGGUUAAACUACUAACCUCAACUGAUGAUAACUAUGGCGGCGUUAUUGUGGAAUUGGAUCAGCUUAUGGAUUCUACAGCAUUCGUCUCAAUUCUUAAAGCUUCAAUUUUACACUGGAAGCAGCUGGGCAAGAAAGGAGUUUGGAUAAAAUUACCUAUCCAUCUAGUCAGUCUUGCUGAAGCUUUAGUUAAGGAAGGUUUUUGGUAUCAUCAUGCAGAACCAAAAUAUUUAAUGCUUGUGUAUUGGAUUCCUGAAAGUCCAAAUACUAUUCCUGCAAAUGCCACACACAGGGUGGGCAUUGGUUCAUUUGUCAUGAAUGAAAAGCACGAGGUGCUAGUUGUUCGAGAAAAUAGCGGACUAUUUCAAGGAACUGGGGUCUGGAAAUUCCCUACUGGAGUUGUUGAUCAGGGAGAAGAUAUUUGUAUAGCAGCAGUUAGAGAGGUCAAAGAAGAGACAGGAGUUGAUUCAGAAUUUAUGGAAGUAUUAGCAUUCAGACAAAGUCAUAACUCAUUCUUUGAGAAGUCAGAUUUAUUCUUUUUGUGUAUGUUGCGGCCGCUUUCUUCUGAGAUCCAAGUGCAGAGGUUAGAGAUAGAGGGUGCACAGUGGAUGCCAUUUGUGGAAUACACAGCUCAGCCAUUCAUCCAAAAGAGUGAUCUUUUGAAGUACAUCAACGAUAUAUGUUUGGCGAAGAUUGAUGGGAGAUAUUCUGGAUAUACUCCUGUAUCUACAUUAUCAAACUUCUCUGAGCACAAGUUUUAUUUGUACUUGAAUGCUGGAGAAUUGAAAGAGUCCAACUCUUGAAAAACAUCACCAAAAGGUUAAACAACUAGAUAGGAUAUUCAAUCUUGGUUACAUUGUAAUGUUUUGAUUCAUUAAGUCAAUAGUGCUGGUCUUCAUCAGGUAAAUUACAUUGAUUUACCAUAAGUCAUAAGUACUGGCUUUGUCAUUUGAAAGCAAUUGCAGUGAUAA